GCGCGGCCCUCACGUGACCCGGAGCUGCAGAGCGACGCAGCCCUGGGUGCAGUCGUCACUCGCGUCUGGCUACCAGCUCCCCGCUGCCCUGCGCACGGCGGGCUGGCAUCGGGCCCGGGGAAAGCGGAGCAGUUCGGUGUGGCACUGUUUGUGUCGAGGCGGGGGAAGACAGAGACAAGACAACUGCACAGGAUCUGUGGAGGUCUUCUCAUAUGUGUGCAGUAGUGCUGCUUACUACUGGAAGCAAGGGAAACAGGGGGAGACUGGCUUGGAAUUAUGGAAGUUGAUGUGAAGACCUACCUACAUGUCUGCUUCAGAGUUUGAGACUACUGGAAGUAAAGAAGCAAGGAGGAAAUCGUCUCUGGUCAGUGCAGACUGGUCCAAAGAGCUGGAGCUCAUGAAUCUGUAUAUCUACUUUAGGGUGUACCACAAAGCAAGAGAAGGAAAGAAGAAGGACCUUCUUUGGAUAAUUACAGGUCUACCUCAAGUGGCAGCUGUAUUGACUUUUGGGUGGUUAAAGACCAGCACUCAGAUCAAUCACCUUCUUUCCCUAGCCCACGUGAGCCCUUCCAUACAUUGUUUGUGCCUUCAGAAAGAGUGAUUACAUGGGCCGUGUUCAGGAAGUAGGCUGGGCAACUGCAGGACUGGUGAUCUGGGCUGGCACUUGCUACUACAUUUACAGAUUAACCAAGGGAAGAGCUCAGAGUGUGAGUAGACCUUCUAGAAAUGGGUCUAGAGUCAAGAUGGAGACAGUGGUUGGGGUACAGAACCAGACCUUGGCCACGAGUCAAGCCACGGCUGGGACAGAGAUGGAGACUAGAGCCGAGGCACAAACUGAAGCAGAAACUGGAGCAAGAGGUGAGCCUAUGGCUGAAGUAGAGACCAAUAUCACUGUUCAAGCCAAACCCAAAACCAACUCUCAGGCCAAGGCAAUGGCCAAGAAAGAGACAGAGACUCAAUAUGAGACCAACUCAGUGGCAGGAACAGUGGUCAUGACAGAGGCAGCAACUUUGACUGAGGCCAAGGGCAAAGCCAAGAAAGUGACUAUGAAAGAGGCAGUGACACAAACUGAUGCUGAGGCUGAGGGAUUAGACAAGAAAGAGGCAGUGACACAGACCAAAGCUAAAGCUUUGGCAGUGGCUGCCAGGGGAGAUAUCAAGAAAGAAGUGAUGGCCCAGACCAAAGCUGAAGCUGGUACACUGGCUGAAAAAGAGACUGAGAUUAACAGAGUAACAGUGACACAGAGUGAGGUCUUGGCAGUGACCAAGGAAGUGGUCAAGAUUGGUACCAUGAACAUGACUGGAAUUGUGGCUGAAACCAUGAUUAGGACCCUGGAUGAGACUGUGAGUGUGGAUAGGACUCAGUCUGAGGCUAGGCCUGGCACCACAGUUGAUGCUGAGGAAAAUCCCAAUGGCAUGUCCAGAGUAGUGGCUGGAAUAGACAUGAAGUCCUGUGCACAGUCUCAGGCUGUGGGUAGGAUACAAGAUGAUGGCAUGCCUGGUGCCGGGGUUGAGGACAAGAGGAAUUUUCAAACCAUGUCUGAUGUAGAGUCUGGGAUAGAUGAAAGGGCUUCUGCUCAGCCUCAAAUUGUUGCUAACACUCAGGCUGAGGACAUGCCUGGGGCAAGGGUUGAUGCUAGGGAUCAUACCAAUGUCAUGUGUAAGGCAGGGGCAGAAGCAGAUAUGAGAACUUAUAUAAUACAACUUCAGACUAUGGACAAGCAAAAAACAGAGGCAACAUAUGGCGUCACAGUUGAUGGCAGGGGAAAUGCCAGUAUCAUAUGUAAGGCAAUGACUGGUGCUGAUAUUAUUGCUACGCAGGUUCAAGCUGUAACCAGUGUACAGGUUGAGGCAAUACCUGAUGCCAGGAAUAAGGGUAGAGCCAGUACCAUGGCUAAAGCAGGGGCCAAGGCAAACAUGAGGACCAAUUUGCAGACUGAGGCCUUACCUGAUACCAGGGAUAAGAUCAACAGCAACCCUAAUGUCAUGGCUAAUGCAGACGCUAAAGUAGACAUGUUGUCCUGUAUGCAGCCUCAGCCUAUGGCAAAUUUCCAGGGUGACUCCUUGUCUGAUGGCAGAAUCAAGGCUAAGGACAAUGCCAACACCAUGUCUAAAGAAGGAGCUCAGGCAAUGGUCCAGAGCCAUGGUGAAUCCUUGCCUAAUACUAAAGGUAAGGCUAGAGGCAAAGCCAAAGCCAAGUGUAAGGCAGGGGUUGGGACAGACAUGAAAACCUGUGUACAGACCCAAGCAGAGGCCUUGUCUGAUUCUAAGGUUGAUGGAAGGGGUGAUUCUAAUGCCAAUUCUAGAGCAGGGGCUAAGGCAGACCAGAGAGCCGGUGGUCAGCCCCAAGUUAUGGCCACCUGCCAGAAUGAUGCCUUGCCUGGUACCAAGAAUAAGGUUAAGGGCAAUACCAAUGCUGUGCCUAAGGCAGAGGCUGGGACAGCUACAACAGGCUCUUCCCAGACCCACGUUGUGGCUAAUUCCCCAUGUGAAACCACACCUGGUGCCAAGAAUAAGGUCAGGGGUAGUCGUAAUGCUGUGCCUAAAGCAGGGGCUGGGCCAGAUACAACAGGUUCUGCCCAGUCCCAGACUGUAGCAAAUUCCCAGAAUGAGGCCUUAACUGGUGCCAAGAAUAAGACUAAGAGUAAUCACAGUGUUGUGCCUAAGGCAGAGACUGGGUUGACUACAACAGGCUCUGCCUAUCUUCAGGCUGUGGCCAUUUCCCAGGGUAUGGCUUUAACUGGUACCAAGACUAAGGCUAAGGGGAAUCCCAAUGCUAUGUCUAAACCAGAGGCUGGGGCAGGUACAACUGGCUCUGUUCAUCCUAAGGCUGUAGGUACUUCCCAGGGUGAGACCUUACCUGGUACCAAGAAUAAGGCCAAGGGUAAUCCUAAGGCAGAGGCUGGGGCAGGUACAAUAGAUUCUUCCCAGCCCCAAGCUUUGACCAGUCCCCAGGCUGAGACCUUGCUUGGUGCCAGGAAUAAAGUCAGGGGAAAUUCUAAUGCUGUGCCUAAAACAGAGUCUGGGGCAGGUACAAUGGGCUCUGCCCAGCUCCAAGCUGUGGCCAUGUCCCAAGCUGAGACCUUGCUUGGUGCCAGACAUAAAGUCAAGGGCAAUUCCAAUGCUGUUCUUAAAGCAGAGGCUGGGGCAAGUACAAGGGGCUCUGCCCAGUCUCAAGCUUUGGUCAGUUCCCAGAAUGAGGCCUUGCUUGGUGCCAGAAAUAAAGUCAGGUCCAAUUCCAAUGCUGUGCCUAAAUCAGGGACCAGAACAGGUACAAGGGGUUCUACUAAGCCCCAGGCUGUAGUCAAUUCUCAAAAUGAAGCUUUGUUUGGGGCAAGGGACAAGGGUAUCUCCAGUUCUGAAGUAGAAACAAUAGCAGGUGAGAGCUAUACAAAGUCUGAAGCAGAGGCUUUGCCCACUUCUGAGCCUGAGAGUAGGGCAGGUGCUCAUGCUAGUGAAAGGACUCAGCCUAACAUUCAUGAUUACUACUGGAAUGGGAUUGGUGUUGAGGAUUGGAUUGCUGCUGAGCGGUGGAUCAAAUUUAGGUUUCAGGCCAUGGAUGGAGACUGGGAGAAUAGUGUGUCCUGGGCUGAUGAGAAUGAAGCCAGUAUUGCAUCCUGGAGUGGAGCUAAUGAUAAGGCUGGUAUUGUUAGUUCCUGGGCUGUGGCUUGUGAUGAGAACAGCAUUAAAUCCUGGCCUGGGGCUAGAGUUGAGAAUGAGGUUGCUCUUGGGUCAUGGGUGAGUGCUGGUGACCAAGCCAGUGGAGGGCUCUGGGCUGGAGCUCAGGCUAGUGAAGGGGCCUGGGCUGGGGACAAGGCCAGUGGAGGUUGCUGGUCUGGGGCUGAAAAUCAGGCCAGUGGGGGUUCUUGGGUUGUUGCCGGAAACCAAGCCAUUGGAGGGCCCUGGGCUGUGAGUCAGGUCAGUGAUGGGUCAUGGCCGGGGGUCCAGGCCACUGGAGUGUCCUGGGUUGUGGACCAAGCUACUGGGUCCUGGACUGUGGCUGAAAACCAGGCUAGUGCUGUGUCUUGGACUGGAGCUGGAAAUAUAGUUAGUAUUGGGUACUGGACUGGAGCAGUAGACCAGACCAGUGCAGUGUCCUGGGCAGGGACUGCUGAUCAGUCUGGUGGGGAGACUAAGCCUAGAUUUGAGGAUCAGGCCACUGAAAAAGGGUCCUGGGUUGGGGCUGGUGGCCAGGCAAGUGGAGAGUCCAGGUUGGGAUCUGAGGAUCAGUCCAGUGGAAGGUCUUGGGCUGACCCUACAGACCAAGCCAGUGGAGGGUCUGGGCUUGGCACAGUAGACCAUUCUAGUGGUGCAUCCUGGGCUGGCACUAGCGACCAGGCUGGUGGAGGAUCUACACCAGGGUCUGUAGAUCAAUCUAAUGGAGGGACCUGGGCUAGCACUACAAACCUGGUUGGGGGAGGGUCCUGGACUGGGUCUGGUGAUCAGUCUGAUGGUAGAUCCAAGCCUGGUUUUGAGAAUCAGACCAAUGAUGAAAGAUCUUGGACUGGGGCUAUAGGCCAGGCUGGUGGAGGGUCUAAGUUGGUACCUGAGGAUCAAUCCACUGGAAGAUCUUGGGCAGAUUCUGGGGCCCAAAUCAGUGGAGGAUUCUUGGUUGGGACUGUGGACCAGGCCAAUGGAAAAUCUCAGGCUGGGUCUAGGGACCUGGUUGCUGGUGAGAUAAAGCCAGUAUUUGAAGAUCAGACCAGUGGAGGAGGAUGUUGGGCUGGUUCUGGGGGCCAGUCUGGUGGAGAAUCUAGACUGGGUACCAGGGACCAAUCCAAUGGAGAUCCCUGGCUUGGUACUGGGGAUCAGGCCAGUGGAUGGUUUUGUGCUUACACUGGAAGUCAGACCAAUGGAGGAGGAUCUUGGGGUGGGGCUAGUGGUCAGGAUGUUAGAGGGUCCAAGACAGUGCCUAUAAACCAGUCUAGUGGUAUAUCCUGGGUUGGCACUGAGAGUCAGGUCAGUGGAGGUUCCUGGACUAGUGAUCAUGUCAGUGGCUGUUCGAAAUCUGUAUUUGAGGAUCAGACCAUUGUAGGAGGGUUCUGGGCUAGUGCUGGGAACCAGACCAGUGGAGUGUCCAGGCCGCUGCCUGAGGAUCAGUCCAGUGGGGUAGUUUCCUGGAGUGGGCCUGGUGGUCAUGCCAUUGGAGGGUCUACACCAUGUCCUAUAGACCAGUCCAGUGGUGUGUCCUGGGCUGGCAUUGGAAGUCAGGUCAGUGGAGGGGCCUGGGUUGGGGCUGGGGAUCAGGCCAGUGGAUGCUCUAAACAUUUAUUUGAAGAUCAGGCAUGUGGAGGAGGCUCUUGGGCUAGUGCUGGGGACCAGACUAGUGGAGAAUCCUGGGCUGCAUCUAGGCCUGGGAAUGAGGCCAAUGGAGGAUCUAGGCUUGGUCCUGAGGAUCAGACCAGUGGAAGUUCUUGGGCUAGAUCUGAGGACCAGACCAGUGGAAGAUUCCUGGUCAGUGCUGAGGUGGAGGCCAAUGAAGGAUUCUGGUUUGGACCUGGCAGUGAGGCCUUUAUAGGGUCUUGGUGCUGGACAGGAGAAGGGGCUACUAUUUUACCCAUGUCUAAUGUUAAGAAUGAUGCCAGCAUUGGAUCUGCAUCAGGGACUACAGAAGACACAAUCAUUAGUUCUAGGUUGGGGGAUGAAAAUAAGGCCAGCAUUGGAUCUUGGAUCAGAUCUGAGGAGGUAGUUUAUAUAGGUACCUGUGUGGGGGCUGAGGCAGAGGCUGAGGCUGGGGCUGGCACUAGGGCUGGAGCUGAGACUGAAGCAAAGGUUGGGGCUGAGACUGAGGUUGGGACUGAUACUGGAGCUGAGGCUAGGGCUGAGGCUGGAGCUAGGGCUGAGGAUGGAGCUGAGGCUAGGGCUGAGGCUGGAGCUGAAGUUGUGGCUGACACUGCAGCUGAGGCUGGUGCUGAGACUGGGGCUGAAGCCCGGGCUGAGACUGGGGCUGAGCCCGGGGCUGAGGCUGAGGUUGAGGCUGAGGCUGUGGCUAGAGCUGAGGCUGGAGCUGAGGCUGGGGCUGAGGCUGGGGCUGAGGCUGGAGCUGAGGUUGAGGCUGGGGCUGAGGCUGGAGCUGAGGCUGGAGCUGUGGCUGGGGCUAUGGCUGGGGCUGAGACCAGGUUAGGGGCUUGGUUCUGGGGCAGAAGUGUAACCACUAAUGGGUCCAGGCUUGGGCUUGAGGAAGAGGCUGGCAUAGGGUCUUGGACUUUGUCUACAGAUGUAGAUGAUGAUGAACUAAGUAGAACAUCUAGCCCUGAUAUUGAGGAGAUCAGUUUAAGGUCCUUGUUUUGGGCUGAGAGUGAGAACAGUAAUGAACCCAAGAGUGAAAAAGAUUCCAAUUUUGAGUCUGGGAAUGGGGAUAAGGGCAGCAUUAAAGAUAAAUUUGAUGCUGCUGAUGGAUUUGACAUAAGGUCUUGGUUUUGUACUGGCAAUGAAAAUAAAAGUGAGGACAAAACUACAGCUGAGGCUAAAACCAAAAAGUCACCUGAAUCAAAAGGCACCUAUCCAUCCAUGGUCCCUGGGGCAGGAAUGGGGUUAUUGGAUGGAGCCAUUAUGUGUUCAGAAACAAAGCUUCUGCACCAAAAUGAGGCCUGCUUUCUAGCUGAAGAUGACUUCAGAAAGGUCAAGGCUGGGGAAAAAGUUCGGCCCUGGUUCUGCCGCUGUAAACGUGAAGCUAAUAUGGAUCCACGAGAUCUUGAAAAACUCAUUUGCAUGAUUGAGAUGACAGAAGAUCCUUCUGUUCAUGAAAUAGCCAAUAAUGCUCUAUAUAACAGUGCUGAUUAUCCUUAUCCCCAUGAAGUCGUUCGGAAUGUAGGUGGAAUCUCAGUUAUUGAAGGCUUAUUGAGUAAUCCCUACCCCAGUGUUAGACAGAAGGCUUUAAAUGCAUUGAAUAAUAUCUCAGUGGCUGCUGAAAACCACAGAAAGGUUAAAACAUACUUGAACCAAGUAUGUGAGGAUACUGUCACCUAUCCCUUGAAUUCAAAUGUGCAGCUGGCUGGACUAAGAUUGAUAAGACACCUGACUAUUACUAGUGAGUACCAGCAUAUGGUUACUAAUUAUAUUUCAGAAUUUCUUCGUUUGUUAACUGUGGGAAGUGGAGAAACUAAAGACCAUGUUUUGGGAAUGCUUGUGAAUUUCUCUAAAAAUCCAUCCAUGACAAAAGAUUUGCUCAUUGCCAAUGCACCAACAGCACUGAUUAAUAUUUUUAGCAAGAAAGAGAAAAAAGAGAAUAUUCUUAAUGCUCUUUCACUAUUUGAAAAUAUAAAUUACCAUUUUAAAAAAAGAUCAAAAGCAUUUCCCCAGGACACGUUCAGUAAAAAUUCACUUUAUUUUCUAUUUCAACGACCUAAAGCCUGUGCCAAGAAACUUCGAGCCUUAGCAGCAGAAUGCAGUGACCCAGAGGUGAAAGAAAGAGUUGAGAUACUAAUAAAUAAACUCUGAUUGGAUGUAGGUUCCCAAACGAAUUUGAGUAAUAUUUUGGUUUUUUAGCCUGGAAAUGAUGCACAUUGUAAACUGCAUUAUAACUUUGAAUCUGAUGUUACUUGUGAUGGUCUGUAGCUGGAUAACUUUAUGAAUACCAGAUGAAUUCAAAAUUGUUCUGGAAAUACAUGUGUCAAUUUUUAUCUUGUCUGGAUUGAGAUAUUUUUAGUAUGCUUCAUGAGCAGAAACCGAGCUGAUUCUUCAUAAUAAGGGAAUCUUUGGUCCUUUGUGUGGACUUAUGUUUAUACAUUUGAGACUUUAUUUUUAUGUCAUCAAUAAAGUUGUGUGUUUUAAGGAGCAAAAAAGA